AUGGAGUUGGAUCGUUGUUUGGAGCAGUUGUAUGCUGGGAAGUUACUGCCAGAGCCGACAUUACGAGCGUUAUGUUUUAAAUUGAAGGAGCUGCUGGUGAAGGAGUCAAAUGUUGUGCAUGUAUCAACACCUAUAACGGUUGUUGGUGAUAUACAUGGGCAGUUCCACGAUUUGUUAGAGAUUUUUCAGAUUGGUGGGUCUAUGCCGGACACCAAUUACUUAUUUCUUGGGGAUUAUGUGGACCGUGGGUUAUAUAGCGUGGAGACCAUAUCAUUAUUAAUAGUGCUCAAGCUCAGAUAUCCAAGCCGGAUCCACCUCAUAAGGGGAAAUCAUGAGUCCCGACAAAUAACACAAAGUUACGGUUUCUACACCGAAUGUUGUAACAAGUACGGUGGUAAUAGUAAAAUCUGGAAAUACUUUACGGAUUUAUUUGACUACUUGGUGCUAUGUUGUAUUAUCGAUAAUGAAAUAUUCUGCGUUCAUGGCGGCCUUUCACCUAAUGUACAAACGAUAGAUCAAAUUAAAAUAAUUGACAGGAUUCGAGAAAUUCCCCAUGAUGGUGCAAUGGCAGAUCUAGUCUGGUCUGAUCCGGAGGAUGACCGAGAUGAUAUAAUUGGUUCAUUGUCGCAGUUCAAGGUUUCCCCGAGAGGUGCUGGUUACACAUUCGGCAAAGCUGUAGUAGAAAAGUUUUUGCAGUUGAAUCGAAUGUCUAAAAUUUACAGAGCUCAUCAGUUGUGUAAUGAAGGCUACCAGGUUUACUUUCAAGGACUGGUCACAACAGUGUGGUCUGCUCCAAAUUACUGUUAUAGGUGCGGCAAUAAAGCUUCAAUUCUAGAAGUAUAUAACACUCAAGAUUUCUAUUUCAACGUAUUCGAAGAGGCCCCCGAAAAUAAAUUACUCAAUAACACAUUUGUUACCAAUCCAAAUAACAUUCUCGGUGACUUCUUUGAGGACUCACAGCCACCGGACAUGUUCUCUGAUGAGUAUCAAUCCAAUUCGGCAUUUAAACGACAAGUUGAAUACUUCUUAUAA